AGGCUUUACUUACUCUACUGUGGAUAUUUUUUCUCUAACAGAUCUGUGGAUCUCAACACUCUAAUGUUUAUAAUAGCAGCUAUGAUGAGAUCUAAGCAUGAUAACAAUACCAAAGGGAUAAAGAAGAAGCUCGUUUAAAAAAAAAGAUAGUUUGGUCUCUUUUUUUACAGUCGCCGCCAUUGUUGUUCUACAGUGAGCUUGGACAGUUGACACCUGUAAUCCAAAAGAUUUACAGACGACAACACCGGAAUGAUGAAGGAUUGGAACAAUCCAUCGUCUCGUAUCAUUAGGGUUUCACGAGCUUCAGGAGGCAAAGAUCGACACAGCAAAGUCUUGACUUCAAAAGGUUUGAGAGAUAGGAGGAUACGUCUCUCGGUAGCUACAGCUAUCCAGUUCUAUGAUCUUCAAGAUCGUCUUGGAUUUGAUCAGCCAAGCAAAGCUGUUGAGUGGCUUAUCAAUGCAGCUUCUGAUUCAAUCACUGAUCUUCCUCCGAUCAACACUAACUUCGAUCUUGAGAAUCAGAACCAGACCAAAUCUGCUUGUAGUAGUGGAACAUCUGAGAGCUCGUUGUUGUCUUUGUCUAGGACAGAGAUUCGUGGGAAAGCAAGAGAGAGAGCUAGAGAGAGAACUGCUAAAGAAAGAGAUAAAGAUUUGCAGAAUGCUCAUCAAAGCUCGUUCACUCAGCUUCUCACCGGCGGCUUUGACCAACAACAACAACAACAACAGCCAGAUAACCACCGGAAUUGGACCGGUGGUUCUGAUUGUUUCAACCCGGUUCAGUUCAUACCAAACUCAUCCUCAACAUCUCAUCAAGAGCCAACAAUGAAUCAGAAUAAUCACCCAUUCUCCUUUGUACCUGAUCAAUACAACUUUGGAAUCUCUUCUUCUUCUGCCCUUAAUGGAGGUUACAGUAGUAGGGGGACCCUUCAGUCCAAUUCACAAUCUCUCUUUCUCAACAACAACAUUACUCAAAGGGCAUCGAUUUCGUCUUCUUCUUCUUCCUCUUCUCCAAUGGAUAGUCAGAGCAUUUCCUUUUUCAUGGCUACACCUCCUCCUCUUGACCACCAUAGCCACCAGCUUCCUUCUACUUUUGAUGGCCGUUUGUAUCUUUAUUACGGCGAAGGAAACAGGAACUCCGAUGACAAAGAUAAAGAUAGGAGAUAGGAGUCAAAAUGCUUCCCUUUCAUCUCUCCACAAUCUUGGAGAGGAAGUGUAAUUUUGAGGGAAGACGAUGUUUGCGCAGCCCUGAGCAUAUAUAUGGAUCCGCCAUUGCAAUCAUAAGCUUGAUUGGUUGUAUGUUCAGACCAUGAGGAGUAAUUGUUGUUUGUUAAGAUGUAUUAUGUAUGUAUAAAAUUAUGAAUCAUAUAUAUGUUUUUAUGUGUGUUCAUCAUGUCCAUUGUCAUCAUAAACUUUGGACAAAUGUUUUUAAGGUCAUCCUCAUUCUGUUGGCUGCA